UAAGCCUGUUAAAUCCAAUGACUUAAAGGUCUAUGUUGCCAGGUCAUAAAAUUAAAAAAAAAAGUUAAAUCCAUAAAAUCUGAAAACAAAAACAAAAGAAAUGUUUUGAAAUUAUUGAUAUUUUGGUGAAUAAAAAUUUGAAAAGAAUGAAACGACAAAAUGUUCGUACGCUGUCUUUGGUUGUUUGCACCUUUACCUAUUUACUUAUAGGAGCAGCAGUUUUUGAUGCGUUGGAGUCUGACACAGAAAGUAAAAGAUGGGAAGUUUUGUCUGACAUGAAGAAUGGUUUGGUACGAAAAUACAAUAUCACACCAGAAGACUAUCAUAUGAUAGAAAUAGUGAUUAUAGAGAACAAGCCUCACAAAGCUGGUCCUCAAUGGAAGUUUGCUGGUGCAUUCUACUUUGCAACCGUUGUGCUAGCCAUGAUUGGGUAUGGCCAUUCUACUCCAGUCACUGUCGGUGGCAAAGCUUUUUGUAUGGCAUAUGCUAUGGUUGGCAUACCCCUGGGUCUAGUAAUGUUCCAAAGUAUUGGUGAGCGUCUGAACAAAUUCGCGUCAGUGGUUAUACGGCGAGCUAAAUGUUAUUUGCGAUGUAAUACCACUGAGGCAACGGAAAUGAAUCUUAUGUUUGCCACUGGAAUGUUGUCUUCUAUUAUAAUUACAACAGGUGCAGCAGUGUUUUCAAGAUAUGAAGGAUGGAGCUAUUUUGACAGCUUCUACUACUGCUUUGUCACCCUUACUACUAUAGGAUUUGGAGAUUAUGUUGCUUUACAGAAUGAUCAAGCCCUCACAAGUAAGCCGGGGUAUGUAGCGCUGAGUUUGGUUUUCAUUCUGUUUGGAUUGGCCGUGGUUGCAGCCAGCAUCAACUUGUUGGUUCUACGAUUUAUGACUAUGCAAGCCGAAGAAAGCGCUCGUGACGAAGACAAGGAUGGAUCGAAGACGUUGCUGCCAAUAGAUGGUCAUAUUAUUACUACCCGACAGAGAUCCCACGAUGACCAGGCUUCAGUUUGUUCCUGCAACUGUUUGGGAAACAAAACUUGGGACAGUGGCGCCCUCUUACCGCCGGUCCCAUCUCAUGAAUUUCUCGACCAUUCCCUGUGCACAGAGCUGAUUGAACGAGCUUCUAUUUAAAAAAAAAAUAUAAUUAUCUGUGCCAAGAAACCUUUUAAAUGUCAAAGCCACAAAGUUUGUGGUUGCCAUAGACAAGUAACUCUCCGGUUGCCAUAACCAAGAAAUUGUUUAUUAUGAAUGUUAACAUUCAUAUUUCUCUAUUGUAUUUUUAUUAGAAAUAAGAUUGUAGAAUCAUCUUUUGUACCCACAUUUUAUUCUAGAAACUGACGAAACAUUUGCACAAGUGUUUACACCACCUCCAUGGUUAAGUGGUAGAAUUUUAUACCUAUAUUAUCAAGUCCUACAAUUUACCCUUACCCCUAUCGAUUCCCAGCAAAACAAAAAUUAUUUCGGAUUUUUUGCCACUAAAUGCAUUGUAAAAUUUAAAUUGCGUAAUAAUUAUAAUACUUUAUCAAAA